AUGUUGGCUCGUACUGUUUCCCGUUUCGCCACUGUUGCUCGCAGAGGAUAUGCUGCUGCUGCUGCUCAGAAGCAAGCUUCCGAUGAUCUUCUUCUUACCUUCGCUUCUCCUGAUAGAGCUAUUUACAGUGGAGUAGCUGUCAAGCAAGUUGAUGUUCCAACUCUUGCCGGAGUUGUUGGUGUUUUAGCUCAUCACGUUCCAACCAUCGGAGUGCUCAAGCCUGGAGUAGUUCAAGUUACUGAAUUGGAUGGAUCCGUAAAGAAGGUCUUCGUUUCCUCUGGAACUCUCUCCAUGAACAUCGAUGGAACAUGCCAAGUUUUGGCUGAAGAAGUUGCUAACAUUGACGAAAUCGAUGAGUCUGCUGCUCGCAGAGAGCUUGAAGAGGCUCAACGCUCAAGCAAUGACGGAAGUGAAGUCGCCAAGGCUGAAGCCGCCAUCAGAAUCGAGGUUGCUGAAGCUCUUAUUAAGGCCGCCACGGGACAACAUUAA